AUGGCGGAACCCCUCCGUUUUCCCGGCCCAUGUCGUUAUUGUGCCCGCACGGGAGCUGUUUGUACUACCGCUACCCCGCGGAGGAAGCGGCCAUUUUACCAUGUGACCGAAGAGGAGUAUCAACUGUCUAUGAGUAUCCUCUCACGUGUGUUCCAUGGCCAGCAGCUGAACCUCGAGUCGUUGCGCAAUAUAUCGAAAGCUAUAAAGGACGGUUCGCUGGUAUUGCCGACCCUAAACGCAGACAGCUACAUCGAACCACAUCAGUCGCCAGAAGAUGACGAUGAUGACUCCAGUGCAGGCACCCCGGGUAAGUGGUCCGUCGAUGGUGACAACCUACACGAGCCAUUGGGCAGCAUGAUGAAAGACUCCAAGAAUGUCUUACGCUACGUCGGCGCCCAGAGUGAUAUUCCGUUCAAUGGAGCAGUUGCGAACUUUUGCAGGCCACCCCAGAAGUCUGAUAUCAUUCCACCAGCCAGGGUUGGUAAAUACCCACCGAUGGAAGAGAGCAGAGAAGAAAUCUUUUGGCUCCCACCGAAAGACGAGUGCUUUCAUUACGUUCAAAGAUAUCGAGAACAGGUACAUUGUAUGUAUUGGCUCUAUCCGGAAGCAAAGCUUUUGCAGCGGAUUGAGAAUACAUACGCAUGGAAUGAAAGGGGUCAACAACCGUCGACCUCGUGGAUAUGCUCGCUGUACGCUAUGUGUGCCAUCGGGGCAUCGCCUCGCGACCCAUUCGAUAAAUCGCCUUCGCCCGGACCUCAUUCUCACAAAAACACUAGGACUUCGGAAGACUACAUCGCCCUAGUCAAACAGCUCAAAUCCAAGGUGGAGGACAAUGCCGACAUCGACAGCAUACGAGCAUUGGCCAUAGCGGCCAUUGCUCUUGAAAACGCCUUAUCCCGGGUCACAGCAUACUUAUAUAUCGGGACUGCAGUCCAAAUAGCAUGGUCGCUCGGGCUGCAUCGAGACCAGCUACCAAUGUCAGGUUCAGAGGAAGAACGAGAAGAAAAUCGCCGCAUAUGGUGGACAUUAACCACCCUCGACCUGGAGAUUGGGAUGAGAGGUGGUAGUCCGACCUUGAUUGACGAUCGAUAUCUCAAGAUUACAACUUCAUCGCCGCUUGAGAGAAUUGGACAUGAGCCGGUCAAACCCGAGUUCUUAGGACUUUUCACGCCGACCAAGUGGCUGACAACAUUCACGGAACUUGGCGGUCUGAAGCGCAACGUCAUUCGAGAAAUAUAUACGGAGCGAGAGUCGAAGUUGAUAUCAUUCUCCACAGUAUCAGACUUGCUCCUGCGGCUUCGGAAAUGGCAUUCAAAGUUACCUGUUCAUCUCAGGCUCGAUUCUUGGAAUGCAGCACCGGAUUUUCACAGGCGCGCGAUAACAGUGCUUCACCUUCACUACUGGAGUACUAAGAUACUCCUCACAAGACCGUUCUUACUCAAUCUUGUUCUGAAGCGCGCGGACCUAGCGCCGAGUAGCAAGAUCGGAUACGAAAAGAUGGCCAUGGUGUCUAUCGAUGCUGCACGGAGAAGUGUGGAACUAUUCCAGAGGAUGAAGGAGGACGGAACUUUGUCCGCUUUGACGACUUUCGACAGUACGACCGUGCUCCGCUGCAUUACCAUCUUCAUGUGCGCCUUUGGCUACUACCAAACGCCCGACUUCAAGAAAGAUGCCAAUGAUUGUAUAACUAUCGCCAGACAUAUGGAACAGAUCGGAUUUGCAAAGAUGAUCGUAGAAGAGACACCUAUCCAUCUUCACAACCUCGGCAUGAGCUACGAGCCUGUACCCGACUAUCCUCAGGAGAGCUACAUACCGGGCGAACAAACAUUUGCUGAUACAAUGUGGCACAAUCUGCAACUCACCUCACUGCAAAAUCAACAAAGCCUGCGUCUGGAUUUUGACGACAAUGGCGCGCUCGAAUCUAACGAAUAUCUCUUGGCGUUCGACCCAGAAGAGUAUACAAACCCGGUUUUCCAGCGUCCGCAGCAAUAUUCGAACUUCAAUCAACACUGGCAAUAACCUCUGUAGAUU